CAACCAAUGUAAUGAAGCUUCAAGCUAGCUAAUUAAAUCAAGCUUAUUCUUGAGCUCGUGCGCCAACAACACGUUAAUUUAAGGAAGCUCUUGUUGCAGGCUAUGUCCUAACGAUGGGCGAGACCAAGGUUCUCGUGGAGUUUGGUGGCGGAGCGGAGCUUCUCUUCGGAAAUCAAAAGAAGCACGACGUAACUCUAUCAAAAUCGUCGGAAAAAUGUAACGGUUCGAAUUUGGAAAGCCACCAAUGUUGCAGCAGCUUGCCAUGUGUCGGACGCCUGCUCUUGUUCUUUCCAGGGACACUCAAACAGCUGAUAUACUGGCUGAAGACGAAUCUGCUGAAAGGAAGGGAAGAGUUUUUUGUACAGGGGGAUUCAAUACGACCAGGGAUUCUGGUCUUGGUCAAUGAUACUGACUGGGAACUCCUGGGAGGACCGGACUACGAGAUUCAAGAGAACGACAAUGUGCUGUUCAUUUCAACUUUGCACGGAGGAUAAAAUAUUUUGGUGCACUUCUAGCAUGUUUUCAUGGUUUGAUAGUCGCUAAAAUAAGUGACCAACAACAAAUGUAUAAAUAAGCAACAUAAAGCCUCAUCAAAAAUA